CUUGCGACCUUGCCUAUUUGAACAAGCGAUGAAUCGGAUCCUUCCUCUUGAUUCCCAUGCCUCUCUCUGCUGCUCCCUUGCUCCCCUUCUCUUGGUCUUCGCUUUGGAUGCCUCUGUAAAUUCAUUCGUGUGUGCGUGUCUGUGCCAGUGAAAAGGAAGGGGACUCCGGAGGCCGGCAACUAGCCAGAACGAUGGGGACUAGAAGCAAGGGACUUCUCAGCGUCUGGGCUGAUGGUUCCCUGGAGAAUGCUAGGCCUGAGGACCCCCAGUGGAAGGGCCUGGGUGGCUUCCUCGAGCGGUGUUGCCUGUGUAAGCGACGUCUCCAGCCUUCCCGAGACAUCUACAUGUACAGGGAUUUUCGAGCGUUUUGUUCCAUAGAUUGUAGACAAGCUGUGAUUGAAAAAGAGGAGAAGGCUAGUAAAGAUACACUGGUGGCUAGAUCUGCAGCAAAUGGUACCAGCUCGGCAAAUUGUCACAUAGAAACCGACAAUGUGAAUGUGAAAGAAUCAAACAUGCAGAACACUAGAAAUGCAGGGCAUGCAGCUGCCUAGUAUGUAUGCAUCUAGUUGGCCACAAUUCGUAUUCAUCAGUUCCAGUUUCUAGAUAUUAAUUUGUUAUCGACGGUGGAGAAAUAUAGAUGGCACACAUUCUUCAUAUCGUCAGUCAGCUAUUAUAUUUUUUGCGAAUAGCUGUAUUUAUUUUGAGACGUAGCGUUCUCAAUUCUGUGAGGGAUGUUACUCCCACCAUGUUGUUCCCUUCGUAUUAAACAUGCAUGUUAGAAAACAAGAGAUUCAUACAUAUGCUGAAUAAAGUUACUUUUCAAUUUGUC